AUGAAGAAGAACAUGAACGAAAAGAAAAUACUAAUUCAUUCAAUAAAAUUAACAAUUACAGAUAAUAUAGAACCAAUUGAAAUAUUAUUUUGGAAAUUGUUUAGAAAUAAAGCAAUUUAUAAAAAGAUAUUCUCAUUUAUGUAUAACCAAUAUUCAUUUAGUUACGAUUCAGUAUCGUCAAUAACUAAACUAAUAGAUUCAAAUCAAAUUAGUAUUUUAAAAGAAAAAGCUUAUAGAAAUUGUAGAUAUUUAGAAUUUGGUGAAACUUGUUGGCGUAAAGAGUCUGAUCAAUCUAGUUGGCGUAAAGAUUUAAUUUUAAUUUAUUUAAAGAAAUUAUUUGAAAUAAUUAAAAAUGAUUUCAAAUUUAAUAGAAACUUUUUCAAAAUUCAAAGGUAUUAUUACUCUUCACCAAUUUAUGUAUCAACUGCAAUAAUACAAUCAAAGAAUUUAGAAUUAAAAAAAUCAAACUCACCAUCAUCAACAUCAUUAGAAACAUCAUUAAAUAACACUGAUUUUGGUGAGAAAUCAAUCGAGUUAGAUGAAAUUCCAAAAAAUGAUAAUAUUUUUAAAGGAUUAUUAUGUUAUUUAAAUAACAUUGGUAAUGAUAAUAAUAAUAAUAAUAAUAGUAGUAGUUGUAAUAAUAGUAAAUUAACAAUUGAUCUAAUAAUUAAAAACCUCAAAACUAUAUAUCAGGUUAAUGAAAGAUCAACAUUAAAAAGAUUAAUUACCACUUGUAAAUUAAUAAUAAAAUUAAAGAUAUUAACUGAAUCAGAAAAAGAAAAAGAAAAAGAACAAGUUUCAACUUCAAUAAUAUUAUUAAAAGUAUCUUUAGAAUCAGUUCCGACAACAAUUCAAGAAAUUGAAAAUUUUGAAGGAAAAUUAGAUAAUAAUAGAUUAAAAUCAAUGCUAGAUGACCCAAUAAACUAUACUGCUACUGAUUAUAAUGAUAGUAAGUAA